UUCAAACGGUUUUCGAUCGUGUAGUGUUUCAUGGCGUUUGUAAAAUAAAUAAUUUUGCGGAGUUUCUUGUGUAAUAAUGUCAAUUUUCAAUGAAUUGUUGCCUAAACUCAGUGAAAUAUCGAACACUAUUACUAAAAACUUCAACGAUGACCUAAAGGCAGCGUUUGAGUGUUUUGACAAAUUGGAAGAGGAGUAUCAGAAUGGCAGGGCCAGAGCGCGGGAGAAAGCCCCAAAGGAUAAAAACCCUAUGACGACCCUCCAAAGCAUCAACGAGGACGAUGAUGAACCCAAUAAACUGUCAGAUGCAGAGCCCAAGCGUAAAUCCAGCAAGUCUACCAACAAUACAGACAACCGAAGCUCUGUUGAGAGCACUAGUGAGAAGCCACGAAGAGGCUCCAAGAAACGCAGUAAAAAUGAAGUCGACGGACUGUCGAGCCCCGAACAAGAUAAACGACUCAAGAGGAAUGCGUCUAUCAAAGCCCAGAGCAUUAUUAGUAAACAGGUGAACGUUAAUUUGACCCAAAAAAUGAGGCGUGAAGAGUCAUCAGAGAAAAUAAAACGGAAUAACAAAAAGAAAGAUGAUGAUAAGGAGAAUACAGAACCGGCACAGAUCAUACAAAUCAAACAAGAGAAAAUAUCACUACCCCCUGAACCAAUGGACAUGGAGUCGUUGCCACUCAAUAUUGAAGUCAAACAGGAACCGAAUAAGGACGAUAUUGCUAUGCCGCCGCCCGCCGCGCCUGUUCCUAGGCCCCGAAAGGCAGCAGCCAAAGACAAGGCAGAGUCCAGCGAGGAGUCUUCAGGCCGCCGCACCACUCGCACCAGGAAGCAAACUGACACAGCCCCGGUAGCAGCGCCUCGAGCCACACGUGGCAGUUCACGCGUCACCAGAGACUUGGAUGCGGAGCAACCGCCGCCCGAGCCGAGACCCAAGCGCACCCGCGGGAGAAAGAAAGUAUCAGAGGUUGCAAACACCGACAGCGAAAAGGAAUCUGCACAAGCUUCACAAGAGAGUGCACCUGCCUCCCCAGCCGAGAAACCGCGGCCAAAGCGGACGAGAAGAGGGCAGAAAGCAGCAGAGAAAGAAACCGCCAAACCUGAAGAAACCCCCAAACCUGAAGAAACCCUGCCCGAACCGGUAAUAUCACCGAAAGAAGAGAGAAUAUCGCAACCAGAAUCAAACUCCCCCAUACUACAGCCGAUAAAAUCCAAAAUACCGACCAAAGAGACCAAAUCUCGAAAGAAAAACAAAGAAGAUGUAAAAAAGAACACAGAAAUUGAAGAUACGGUGCAAACCAUAGAUGAGACUGAUACGCAAAGUGUUCUGGAACAAACUAGAAUAAUUACCAUGAAUUCUACGGUUACAAUUAUGGAUAAGACGGUGGAUCUGCCGAAUGGAGUUUAUAAUCAUGAUCCGGGCACGCCGAAUAAUGUUCAUCACAUGAACGAGACGGUGGUAUUAGAGACUUGCAGCAGGGAGACUAUAGUGCUGGAGAAGCCACACGCUAUCAUGGAUGCUACCGUCGUUAUUGACAAAGAUCCGAAGCAUCCGAUGAUGGCGGAGCACAACUCGCUGCUGACCGAUGAUGAAGACGCGCCCAGUCCGCGCACGCCGCCCAAGCAGCAGCCGCCCAAGCCGCAGCCCACAUCGGCCGUAAAAGAAAAGGUGCAACAGUUCGAAGAAUUAGCGUCGCGAGUCACAAGAACUAAGACGCGAGCCAUGGCCAAAAAGGAGGAGGACAAGCCAGAAGAUUCCCACACGCCGCCCGACAAGAUCAUGAAAGCGGUUCUGUCCGCAGACACCCUCAACAAAAUGAACAGCAUGAUUUUCAACGGAAAACCAGCGCAGCAGAUAUCAAGUUCAGCAUCCAAACCGCGAGCCAACGUGGUAAGCAGCGUGAAAUCCUUCAUCCCAGCCUCCACUUCCAAACUCAGCUCUGUGAGCAAACACAAGGAAGCGGCUGAGGAAAGCCUGAAGAGGGAGAAAGAAGACGCCAGGAAGAAAAAGGAAGCUAUGCUGGAGGCGAAACGGGAACAGCAGAAGAAAAAACGCGAAGAGAAAAUGGCCGCCGCGGCCGCUGUACGUGAAGCCGCGGAAAGGGAACGCCGCGCCGCCAUGGAGGCAGCCGCGAGAGAACGUAUGGAGAAACAAGCAUAUGUCGACCAGGGCAAGCUGGAGAGGCUGAAGGAGACUGAGAGGAAAAAGCAAGAGCUAGCCCGCAAGGUGGCAGAGACAGAAGAACGGCGGCGAGCAGAAGAGCAAGCGAGACAACAACGUUUGGCUGACGAACAGAAACGCGCCGACGCGUUACGACGCAAGCAGAUCGAGGAAGCCGAGGCAAUGAAAAAGGAGGCUGCAAUAAUGGCCAAAGAAAUAGAAAAGAGGCAAAAGGAAUACAUUGAAAAGCAGAAGUUAAAACAUCGGCUGGAAGACAAACAGAACACCCCGCUUAAAAUGGGCACGCCCGGCCAUUCUGCGCACACGGAGCCGGUAUACAUGGCGGACGGCUUCCAGUACCUUAACUCGGAUUCCGACUCUGAGCAGCCCGAGCGACCCGUGCCCGCCUGGAGCACUUCCAAGGCCCGCAAGCAAGCCCUAAUGAUCCAGUGCCAAGUGUCCCAAGCGCACGUGGACCGUUUGUUCAGCGUCCGGGUGCACAGUCCGGACCUGCGGCACAUCUUUCCGGACAUCGAGCGCGCGCGGCUGAAGCGGACGUCUUCGGCCGUGUGGCGCACGCCGCCCGGACAGCGCCUGCCCGCCCUGCACGAGUGA